AGCAGCGUCUAUCAUGUGUCUGUAAGAGCAGGAGCUGAAACUGCUUCCCAUGGGCGGAGCUAAAUUACCAUUCCUUUCCCCCCCACCCCCGAGACCGUUCCUGUUGUUGUCACUGGCUAUUCCAGGUUGUCUGGAGUCAUGGCGAAGGAUUAUAUCUUGUUAGCUGUUGUUUCAUUGUUAUCUGUCGCCCAGCAGGCAUAUUUUGCCAAGCAAGUAGGAAGUGCUAGGAAGAGGUAUAAAAUCGCUCCACCAUCAGUUACAGGAUCUCCUGAUUUUGAAAGAAUAUUUCGUGCACAGCAGAACUCUGUUGAAUUCUAUCCCGUGUUCUUGGUUGUAUUUUGGACUUCUGGAUUGUUCUUUAAUCAAGAAAUUACCUCCAUCUUGGGUCUUGUCUACCUGUUUAGUCGACACAUGUACUUUACCGGAUAUGCAGAGUCAAUGAAGGGAAGGAAACAUCACAGCUUUAGAAGAAACUGUUGGAGGACCUUUGCUGAGUUGCUGUAGUACAGCUUAUGGAUGACAUUCACUGCUUCCAUAGUGGGCCACUGGCGGAGAGGAUGAAUGUUCAAGGUUUGUGGUUUGGAUGCCGAUCAAGCAGAUUACUUUGACCUGAUGGUCUCAGGCUUCUGGAGUGAUGUUGGAGCUCCGCUGAUCCAAGCAAGUAGAGAGUAUUCCAUCAUGUUUGAUUUGUCACUUCAACCAUCAUUCAUCUGGAAAAGUGUGACACAAAUGAGUAUUCAACGUAAGUGCGUGUGUGCAUUUCUAUGCACUGAGGGGACCGUUCAAAAAAAAUCUCAUUUUUGCUGAAUAAUUUGCUAUACUAAUUUGAAGUGAAUUUUCCAAUGCAGCUCAUCCCUUCUGUCCCAUUUUUACUCACAAGAAACCUUAUUGAAAUUAUACGUUCCCUUUUAUUCUCCUGCCCUGGCAACUGUUUCAAGGACUAAACCUAAAAUGACAGAUUUUAACAUUGAUUUUCUCUUCUAAAGCUAGUAAUAAUUUUUUUGAAGUAAGAACUUGACUUAAAGACCCUUCAAGUUGUCUGUAAUAUUUGAAAUGUAUGGCAUUUACAACUCCUAAUACUCUGAGAAUCAAUCACCAGCCCUGAGCUGCAAUGGGAUUUAUGUGGGUUUACAGAAUAAUGUGCAAACUGCUUUUGAAUAAUUGUGUUGAUAAAGACAGAUACAGAUUGAAAUCCGGAUAUAUGCAGGAGGUACCCCUAUUGUUGUGAAUGCUCUACCUAAUUUGGGAGCAUUUAUUUUUCUCUGGAGCUGCAACAUUUUGUGUCAAACCUAUUUUCUCCCUAAGUGGAAGUUGGGUUAUUUCUAGAAUUACAUCCAUUAAAGGCAUGGGUUUUCUCUAAA